AUGCAGGUGCUUCCUGGAAUGGCAGAGUGCCAGUAUGUUGUGUGUGACCGCAAAAUAGAAACGUGGUAUAAAGUGUACGAAUGGUGCCGCGAGACGAUCAGUCGUCUGAUGCCGUUUGUUCUCGUGGCUUAUUUUAAUUCCAAGAUUUUGAUCACAUAUCGAAGUACCAAAAAGGACCGCUUUCGUCGACUUGCCACUAAAAAACAAAAAGAAGAGAAGCGGCUAUUCACACUGCUGUUUUCAAUUAUAAUAAUAUUUUUUAUCUGCACAAUACCAGCUGCCCCAUUAACAAUAUUUGUUUCCGACAAGCAAUCCCUCAAUCUGCCUUUUCAGAAUUAA